AUGGACUCUGUUGCAGAGGAGAUUUUGCGGGAGAUCCUUCUGAGUCUGCCGACCAGAGACGCCGCCCGCUGCUGCUGCGUGUCGAGGCUCUGGUGCGGCGUGGUCACCGACCCCACCUUCCGCGCCCUUCACGCUAGGGCCAGGCAUGUCGUCGCCGGUACCAGCGCGGAGGCCCUGCUCGUUUCCGAGAUCCGCGACCCGGGUAAAAGCCUCGAGGUGAGAGUAUACAACAUCAAUUCGCCUAAGCCCAUGUGCCGCGUCGUCGGCCUGGCCGGCGGAUACAAACCAGCCAACGCCUGCAACGGUUUCCUCCUCCUCGCGUCCAGCGUCAAAAAUUGGCCUGUGCUCGUGUCCAACCCCGUCACCGGUGAAAAGCUGGAGGUCCCACCGCCACCGAAGAUCAAUUUCAUCGACUACUACUGGCACAUGUAUGGCAUGGGGUUCAGCCCGGCCGCCCACGAGUACAAGCUGUUCCGGUUUUCCUUCCCGUUUGGGUCCGAGGAGGACAACAAUCACCUAGACGUGUACACCUUAGGCGAUGGCCGUGGGUGGCGCCGGCACCCGAUACUGUUCCCCUAUGCCGCGGUCUACGGCCUGCACUCACCGCCGCCGGUGUUCGUGGACGGCAAGCUGUACUUGGUGGUGCAACGCCACUGGUCGCCGAACAGGAUACUAGUGAUUGACGUUGUGAGCGAGGCACACUGCACAUACCGCCUCCCCUAUCAGCACACGACGAGUCAGGCCAUGGCGGUGCAUGCCUUGGAGAUGCACGGACGGCUUUGGAUCGCCGUGCGUGACCGAAGAGAGCUCGAUUUCUGGAUCAUGCCGGUAUUGGGUCCACACCUCCAUGACCAGGACGACGAUAGACUGCCUCAUUGGGAACUACUAUACAACUUUUACAUCGACGACAUGGACAUUCAUGAGGUAAACAAACGCAACCAGCCGAGUACCGCCUGGUUUAACGAGGGCGACGGGAUGUUGUGCUACAGGCUGGGCGACCAUCUCUACAAGUAA